UUCUUGCCUGGAGGAUUCUGUGGAUGGAGGAGCCUGUCAGACUACAGUUCAUGGGGUCACAGAUUCAGACAGGACUGAAGUGACCUAGCACGCACACUGGUGUAGUAUAUAUGCGUGUAUGUGCAUUAUAUAAGAUAUUUGAUUAUAUUUACAUGGACUGAGCGACUAACACUUUCAUGUUCAACAUAAAAAAUAAUCUUGAAAAAUCUGCUCUUGCCUUUUCAUGUCCUAUUAAUGUCCAAUCAAAACAGAUCACAACAGAAUAGUACAGUCACUUCAACUGCUAGAACCCAAAGUAGGAAUUGACUACCUGUGCUUUUGCACAAACUUUGGAAAUAAUUUUUAAAGUUUAUAAUUUAAACUUUAGUCCAUAAAUAUGUUGUUUGAAAUCUUGACCCUGCUUGGGAAUUUGCAUUCAUAAAUCAGGACAUUAAUUGUACUUAAACAAACGGUUUUUAAAUGAAUUUCCCUUAGUGUAACUUAUAUAGAGCUUCCCUGGUGGCUCAGUGGUAAAGAACUUGCCUGCCAAGCAGCAGACGCUGGUUCUAUCCCUGGGUUGGGAAGAUCCCCUAGAGAAGGAAAUGGCAACCCACUCCAGUAUUCUUGCCUGAAAAUCCCACGGACAGAGGAGUCUGGCAGACUACAGUUCUUGGGAUCACAAAGAGUCAGACACAGCUGAGCACGAACACACACAUAUGUAGCUCAGAUAAUUCUUCAUUUCUUAAAUAAUGCAGAUGAUUUAAUGUAAAUUUUAAACUAAAGUAUGCGUGUACUAAGUUGCUUUAGUUGUGUCUGACUAUUGCCUAUAUAUUUAACCCAUUUUUUAAUUAAAAUAUGUCUUCAGUCCACAUGGACUUUUUUUUUUUUCACAUGGACUUUUUAAACUUAAUCUCUUCUGUGAAGCCUUUUACCGUACACUCCCCAUCAGGCAUGGUUGAUUAUUUACAUCUCUGCUUAUCCAAACAGAUGCUACAUACACCUCAAAGUAUUGCAUUUACCACACUGUCCUAUAAUUUAAGUGUCUGUCUCCAUGAGGAGACUGUGAGCAACUUGAGGACAGGGAACAUAUCUUCCCAGUUUUGCAUCUGUAGUGUCAACUAUGAUGCCUUCACAUGUGGAAGACACUCUACAAACCUUUCUUGCCUAAGUGUGACCAAUGGAUCAAUGACCACUUUAUUGUACAAUUGGAACUUUUAACUUUCCCUAAAACCAAAUUUAUACAAUUUUCUUCACAGAUAAUUUGUUAAGAAUGACAUUCUUUCUUUUGGUUAUUCUCAAAUAAAAGUGAUGUUUAUUAAACGUAGAAACAAUUGAAUGGUACAUAUUUUUAUCACCUAUACAAUUUUUCAUAUACAAUUAUAUUUUAAAUUUAUUUUACGAUCAUAUGAACCAUACUUUUAAAACAUAAGAUAUAUAAUUUGACAAAUAUAUUCUCAAACUUAGUAUAAAUGUUUAACAUGAUAAUGAGCCAACUUUGAGAAGAAAGUUGCUACAAAGCUAAGGCAUGUGAUUGCUUUUGAAUGAUUUUUUGCAAAAUUUUGAUUAUUAUUGCAUACAAAGGAAUGCAAGUGAAACACAGGUUUGAUAUUUUUCGUUUCUUUUUUUUCCCUCUUUGAAACAAUGAUAAGAUUCCUUCUCAUACUUAAUCUAAAGAUGAAAGAUUUUCAAGAAUUCAAAAGGAAUGACAUUUAUUUUUAAAGGAAGAAUAUCCUUUAGUUCUGCAACCUUAAGGACUGUAAGCUCCACACUACACGGUGAAAGUGAAAGUCGCUCAGUCGUGUAAGACUCUUCGUGUCCUACUCUUUGCGACCCCCUGCACGGUAGUCGGCCAGGCUCCUCUGUCCAUGGAAUUCUCCAGGCCAGAAUACUGAGCUGGGUAGCCGUUCCCUCCUCCAGGAGAUCUUCCCAACCCAGGGACUGAACCCAGGCCUCCCUCAUUGCAGGCGGAUUCUUUACCGUGUGAGCCAAGAGUACUCUGGAAAAGGUAAUGAUAACAAACCACAGAGACGCAAGUCACUCCUCCGAGGAGCCUAGAGAGGCCCCAGAAAUGCCCCGAGGGGAGGGCACCGCAGGGAGCCGGUGACGCACUUCCCACUCGGGCUGUUGGUAAUUUUUUGUCGCGGGAUUUGACAGCUUCUAGGUAGGGGAGCGAUUUCUGGGUAGGAGGAGUCUGGGAGGGGGCCCGGGGAGGUGGGAUCCUUUUAGGACCCGACAGUCGGCAGCCGCUUCUUUGGGGAGAUCGGAUGUGUUCUGCGGCUUUUUGCUGGGUUUGCUGUCACCUCAGCUGAAGGUGGAACUCCGGGAAAGUGCGCACGAGCGGGAGAAGGAUGAGUUGGAGCUGGACCGCAAGUCAAAUCAGGGGCGCCCCUCUGGCCCUAGGUGAUGGACUUCGGACAGUGAAAGUGGAGGAAGACUCCCCCGGAAGUGGGGAUUCCGACCGGCCCGGGGACUGUCCGGAUCCCGAAACUUCCCGAUGUCAUUUUAGGCAGUUCCGUUAUCAGGAGGUGGCCGGACCCGAAGAGGCGCUGAGCCGGCUCAGGGAACUUUGUUGUCGAUGGCUGAGGCCCGAGGUGCACUCAAAAGAGCAGAUCCUGGAACUGCUGGUGCUGGAGCAGUUCCUGACCAUCCUGCCUCAGAAGCUCCAGGCCUGGGUGCGGAAGCACUGCCCGCAGAGCGGGGACGAGGCGGCCGCCUUGGUGCGGUCUUUUCAGAGAGAGCCUGCUGGGACCUCACGCCAGGGGUUGGUGACAGUCCAGGAUGUGGCCGUGUCUCUAACCUGGGAGGAGUGGGAGCGUCUGGGGCCAGCACAGAAGCACUUCUUCAGGGAGAGUGCACCAAAGGAUCAUGGGAACUCAGUCUCACCAAGUUCGGAAACCAGAAUUGAGAGCAAAGAGUUGAUUCCAAAGCAAGAAAUUCUAGAAGAAGUGGAGCCUCCAGGGCAGCUACAAGGAUUUCAGGAGAAGGCUCCCCUAUCUUCUGAGUGUGGUGACACCCAGCAGGACAGGGGAGAGAAGCCCUUGGGAGACCCCUCAUCGCUGAAACGUGAAGAUUCUCCUGCAGAUCAGGGAGUCACCCACAUCUCAGAUCUCAGGAACAGUCCCAGCGAAGAAGAUGUCAAAAACAAUGAAUUCAGGACCAGCACCGAGAGUUCAGACUUUGUUCCUGGUCAGUACAUCCCAACAGCAGGGAGACCCGUCACUGCGGAUGAAUAUGGGAACAACUGCCCGCACAGGUUAGAUGUGGUGAAACCUCACGAAUCUCUCGACAGUGAGGAAAAUCGCCAUCAUUCGGGCCUGUUUGAGACUCAGAGGUGGUUCCAUGAAGAAAGGCCUUACACAUGUGACACCUGUGAAAAGAGCUUCAAACAGCGUUCCGACCUCCUUAAACACCAUCGAAUCCACACCGGGGAGAGGCCCUACGGGUGUCCUGUGUGUGGGAGGCGCUUCAGUCAGAGCGCGACCCUCGUUAAACACCAGCGGACACACACUGGAGAGAAGCCCUACACCUGUCCCAAGUGUGGGGACAGCUUCCGACAGAGCUCACACCUCAGCCGGCAUCAGAGAACCCACCUGAGGGAGAAGCGCUGCACGUGUAAGGAGUGCGGGGAGACCUGCCGCACCUCCGGUCGUUUUAGACACCAGAGGACACACGAGGGGGAGCGACCCUACACGUGUGAGGAGUGCAACAAGAGCUUCAAACGCUGCUCCGACCUCUCCAAACACCAGAAGAUCCACACCGGGGAGAGGCCCUACGGGUGUUCUGUGUGCGGGAGGCGCUUCAGUCAGAGCGCGACCCUCGUUAAACACCAGAGAACUCACACCGGAGAGAAACCUUACAGAUGUCUGGUCUGUGGGGACAGCUUCAGACAGAGCUCACACCUUGUCCGACACCAAAGAAUCCACAGAAAUAAAGUGCCAUCAUUUUGACCUGCU